AUGGCACCAGCAAAUCAAGCUUUCCACUGCCUCUGGCAAACAGACAGGAUCCGCGAGAUCCUAUUUGAGCUGCUGUCCAAGGAGGACAUCUGUAAUGUGCGCCGCACCUCGCCGGCGUGCUGUAACCUUGUUACCAAGAGACUAUUCAAGAGAACCCACUUGACCUUCACCGCCUCCACCUUCACCCGCCAGAGCAGAGUCCAGGCUCUGUCGAGGAUAGGUCACCACAUUGAGCACCUCACGUUCCACUUCCCCCAUUCGGAAGCCACCUUCCUGCCGCCGCUCAUCCACCCAGACUCGGGCCGUGAAAUCAGCUUCCUGUACAAGCCACACACCUCCAUCGCCUCCGUCCUCGAGCGCCCAAAGUUCGCCAACUCUGGCCUCGGCCAGAUCCUGACAGAGCAAUACCCGCCCCUCUUCCAUGCUGCCUCCAACGUGCCUGCCUUUAUCCAUGCCAUCAAGCAUCUCGUCAACCUGAGGCACCUCACCAUCCGCACGCCUGGCCAGGACGCUAAAGAGAGGUAUCGGCGCGACAUUGUUGACUACGCCCUCAUCAGCCUCCGCAUCUCCCUCGAGCGUGCCCCCAUCACUCGGCUCUCCAAGCUCUCCCUCGUCUCCGUCCACCCCGCAGCCUUCAUCUACCUGAGCCAUGUCCCUGGCGGCUUCGGCAGCCUCCCCUCUGCUGGCCGCAGAUGGCGGCAGAUCCGGCGGAUGAACAUCUCGGUUGAGGCCUGGGACUUCUAUAGCACCUCUCCUGGUCUUGACCACCUCAAGAUGAUGGAGGAUUACAUCCGCAGCUUCUCGGGCAGCCUCGAGAAGCUCACCUUUACCUGGUUGGGCCGCAAGGGACCCUGCCCACUGUCUCUCGCCACUGACCCCCUCUUUGCGCCGCCCCGGUGCACCCAGAAGUUGUUCCACGAGGUCACGUCGCCCAUGUCCCCACUGCCACCGGCCCCGGCCCGGAAGCCUGUCGUUCUGCCCAAAGCCCGCUACCUUGCUGUCCGCAACGCCACCAUGAACGAACGCCAGGUUGCCGAUCUCGUAAGCUCGCACCAGUACACUGUGCGCGAGUUCGACUUUGAGAAUGUCGUCCUCAUCAAUGCCGGAAGCUGGGAUAACGCCCUGGCUCCCCUUCUCGAGCACCCCUGCACCAAGGACAACUGGUCUCGCCACUCGUCAGCCACCAUUGGCGAGACACUGGAGAGCAUCCAGAGCAUCCGCGAGGACGUCGCACCCUCCUCGCCUGCUGACCUGUCCGGGCACUCGGCAGCUGUUGCUGCUCUGUCCCGGGACCUGCUAGAGAUGGAGCUAGGUCUCGACGACGGCGAGCUGGACGAUGACCAGGUGACCAUUGCCCCAGACCUCGACUCCGACCUGGAAGCCGCCAGGCAAGCUAGCUUGGCGUGCCCGUCCAGGCUCAAGAAGCGCCGCGUCACCAAGCGUCGGCGCAGACGCAAGGAAAGCCACGAGCGCCGCCUCAAGGACACGACUGCCGAGGUCAAGGGCCUCACGCGGGAGCAUUCCUUCUUCCGCCGUCACAGACACAAGAAGACGGCCGAUUCGAUCGAAGAGUCGGUCUCCGACGACCCUUUCCGUCCACAGACACCUGCUACCCCCACUGGGCCUACCAUGAGCAUCUCCUCCCCGAUCCUCAAUACCGAGCCAAGCAUGCCCAUCCUGCUCCAGCCCGCGGUGUAUGACCCUACCGCCGAGCUCUGCUCCGAGAUCAGCGCGGUGCAGCGCGACAUGAAGGCCGAGGAGGCUCACCGCGCUUAUGCCGAGGACGUCGAGAUGCAGACCAGCGCCCUGAAGCGGGCGAAAGAGCUGGUCCUGAGCCGCCUCGGAAACCAGACCAUCGCCAGCCCAACAUCUACCACAAAUCAGCACUACAACAGCGGCUUCGGGGCCUCGCUGUACAACGGCAGCAGCAGGGACUCGCGCAAGGACAGUCUUGGAUCUGGCGGCUUUCUCAGCAGCGCCAGGUUCCGCGAGGGCCUCUUCCGACGAGGCUCGCCUAUCCCACAGAGCCUCAGACACUUCUCGGGACACCAUGACCACAGAUCCAUGGACGUUCCCAUCUUGUUCAGCAGGGCAUAA